AUGACUGCUUCUGAACAUCUGAAUGUUUUCAAGGGCCCUGAGUCGGUUCGCAACUAUUUCGAUCCUGAACAAUCACCACCUUUGCCCCUUGUUGAAAUCCCUGAUAGCCUCAACCCAUACCGUCAAGAUGGUGUCCGAAUCUAUGCCAAGAUGAUGACCAUGCACCCUGCAACAAACGUCAAGGUGAUGCCAGCUAUGAACUUGUUAGAAAAGGGCGUGCAGCCCGGUAAGACAAAGACAAUCGUCGAGAGCAGCUCGGGUUCAACUGUCAUCUCGAUGGCCAUGGUUGCUCGCGCUUUUCACGGUAUCGACGACGUCCACGCUUAUCUCAGCAACAAGACAAGCGAGACAAAGCUGCGCAUGAUGCAAUUCUUUGGCCUCAACGUGACUCUGUUCGGCGGACCUGCUCAGCCUACAGCUGUUGAUGAGCGAGGUGGUAUCCGAGCUGCAGCUCGAAAGGACGCAGAAUCUGAGUCUGUGUGCAGUCCCAACCAAUACAUCAACGACGAUAACUGGAAAGCUCAUGUGCGAUGGACUGGUCCUCAGAUUCACCGUCAGCUCCCCGAGAUCAAUGUGAUCGCCGCGUCGAUGGGCACAGCUGGCACUAUGACCGGACUAGGUACUUAUUUCAAGCAAGCCAAGCCUUCUGUGUACAGAAUUGCCGUCUGUACUAACUCUGGAGAACGUGUCCCUGGCCCUCGAGAAUAUUCGUUAAUGAGUGAGGUUGAGUUCCCAUACCUCACAUCUCACGAUGCUCUCGAGGAGGUUGGCGCGCCAGACUCAUACUCGCUUUCAUUGGACCUUACUCGACAGGGUAUUGUCUAUGGCCCCUCAUCGGGCUUCACGUUGAAGGGAUUGUUCCAACGUAUUGAAAAGCACAAGCAAGAGGGCACACUAUCAAAUCUCGCUGGCCCUGAUGGUGAGAUUCACUGCGUUUUUAUGUGUUGCGAUCUACCCUUUCAAUACUUGAAUGAGUAUUUCCAGAACUUGGGUCCUGAGAAGUUCAGCCCUCUUCGCAAUGAGCGUUUGAGGAACGUUGAUCUUUACCGAUACGAUGAUGCCUGGGAGCUCGACUCUUUGAUUGCUCUAUCUAACUACUUCACCAUUCACCCUCUGGGUACUCAUGACACCGUUCUGUCACUCGCAGACCAGAUCGACAAGGCUUUGACACCUUCUGCCAAUACUCAGAUUCUCGAUUUCCGAUGUUCCUCAGAUUAUGAUGCUUUCCAUCUCCCCAACUCAGUCAAUAUGCCCCUCGAUGCACUUCGAAAUGGACUUUCCAGCGGUAGUCCAUUCGCCAAUCCUGCCGAUGACUGCGCCAUGCUUGAGGAGCUCUGGCUAGAGCUUGAGAGCCUCUUCAAUGUCAAGGACAAGGCCGGUAACCGAAAUGCUAGCGCUGCAGCUCUCAUGUCCAUCCUUCGAGGAAAGAGAGUCUUGACACUUUGCUACGAUGGUGACAGCUCUCGUGUUGCCAACAGCGUCCUUCGUGCCAAGGGUGUUGAGGCAGAGUGCAUCCGCGGUGGCUACAGCGCUCUCGCCAAGUUGCAGAUGCCAUGUAAUGACACGUGCGAGGUUGUGUCUGUUCCCGUUUCUGUUGAGGUCUGA